AAUGUCAUUUGUGGUUCUCUCUCAUCAUAAAUCUAGGGUUUCUUAAGAAGUUCCCAGCAAUCUGUAUCACACCACCAUCUUCCCAAAAUCUCUUUUUUUUCUUUCUUUCUUUCUGUCUAUCUCCAGAAACAUAUACAGAUAGAUAAAUACACAAAUAGAGAACCACACAUCAAUCUAAGAUCAUACACAUACGAGGAGGAAGAUUUUGAUUUUAGGCUUUGAUAAGAAAGUAAAGAAUGGUGAGGGGAAAGACUGAGAUCAAGAGGAUAGAGAACGCAACGAGCAGGCAAGUGACUUUCUCCAAGAGAAGAAAUGGACUUUUAAAGAAAGCUUUUGAGUUAUCUGUCCUUUGUGAAGCUGAAGUUGGUUUGAUCAUCUUCUCUCCAAGAUCCAAACUCUAUGAGUUCUCUAGCUCUAGCAUGGCAAAAACAAUAGAACGAUAUCAGAAACGGGUCAAAGAAACUGGGAUUAAUUACCCGAGAGAUGACAAUUCUCAGCAAGCAAGAGACGAAACAUAUGGUCUAACAAAAAAGAUUGAGCAGCUAGAGAUAUCUAAACGAAAAAUGCUUGGGAAAGGUAUUGAUGCAUGUUCUAUUGAGGAGCUGCAACAGUUAGAGAAUCGGUUGGAACGAGGCUUGAGCAGGAUACGAGCCAAGAAGUACCUAUUACUUCGUGAAGAAAUUGAGAAGCUGAAGCAUGAGGAGAGGAAUCUCAUUAAGGAAAAUAAAGAACUGAAAGAGAAGUGGCGUGGAAUGGGAGCAAUAGUAGUAGCAUCACCAUCAUCAACCUUGUCAUCAGCAGAAGUGAACAAGGAUAGCAAUGACAAUAUGGAAGUGGAGACUGGUUUGUUCAUUGGACCUCCUGAGCCAAGACAAUCCAAGAAACUCCCUCCUUAAAGAAGAAGAAGUUGAGCCUCAUUUUUUUAUCAAAAGAAAAAAGAAAGUUAAGCCUCACAACUUCAAAAGAAUGUUAUUUAUGUUUUAUAUAUUUUCGUCCAAAAAUUUGAGGUGCCAAUAAAUUCUAAAACAUAGUGUAGUAGUUUGUUCUUAUUCAAUGAGCUGAGCCUCAAAAGUUUCUAUAAAACUACUGUUGUAUUACUUGUGUGUAUUAGAAGUUCAGUACAUGUUUAAGUAUUUUGUUUAUAUAUAUUUUUAAUUAAUACU